CCUUGCCUAUAAAUGCCAUCCACCUCCAUUGCAAUUCUCUUCACCUUUUCUUGAUCUCACAGUCAUCAAUUAAGCAAGUUGAGAGAAUAAAAAUGUGUUGGGUUUUCUUUUGUGAUGAUGAGGAGACAGAAUUGGGUAGGCAGCAAGCUUCUGGAUCAUGUCCCUACUGUGGAGGAAAAGUUCAAGCCAUGGAUGUUGAAAGAAAAUGGAGUUUCUGCUUUUUACCCAUUUGUUACAAGAUCAAGAGAAAGUAUUUUUGCACUUUAUGUGCCAGGCGAUUGGAAUUAUAUCACUAGAAAACCAUGGAGUUCAAGAAGAGCUAUAGCUGGAGCUUUGCCGAUCCAAGAAAUCAGAACCUUCUAUGGUGAUAAUUUCAGGACCGUUUGUUUCAUCCUCUUCUUUGAAUUUGUUUUAUAUUGUAAAUAUUUUGUUAAACUUUUAAUAUACCCAUUUCAAGUAACUUCAAUUUCUUGUGUUUUGAAUUUCUGGGUUCUUGUUUAAAUUGAUUGUUGGUUCGAAAUUAUGUAAGUUUUUGGAUCUGCUGGUGGAAGAAACAAGGAUCUGAAAUGGGUUUUGUUUGGUGUUAACAAGAAUGCUGGUUUAGGAUCA